CAGUAGCAGUAGUGUUCGGUCUUGCAUGGGACGAUGCUGAAGUACUACACGGCAAAUGGCACGCGAGUUCAAAAUAGUUUACUUUAAUUACCGAGUAGGAGUAGCCUAAUUAGAAAAGUGAGAUAUUCCAGCAGUGCCUUUGAGUGAUUGUUCGUGGUCAGUGCAGCAGUGAAGAGGCGACAAAAAAUAAACGGUUCCAUUUGACUGGAGCCAUUAAGAGAGGACCAUUCUCUUUUUUUCACGCUUAUAUCAUCCGAGACGUGUUUAUACUGAAAAGUUAUUAAAGAGAGUGUGUAGUGGAAAAGCCAGUAUAGUAGAAACAAGACAAAAAAAUUGUGUCCAGAUGUUUAUGAUUUUAUGCACAUGAGAUACCGACCAUUUUGUGCAACAAAGUACAUGCAGUGCGCCGUCCGCUCAAGUGUUAUUAGUCGGGCUGGUGGGUUUUUAUUAAAUCAGCGCUAAGGUCUAGCGGCUCCAACGAAGAUAAAACAUAAAAAAUAUAAAAGUGGAGGAAAACCAAAACGAACCGAACCAGGCAAACGAGAGCCACACAGAGCACUUUCCAUUCUCAUGCCACUGGACAGCGGUUUGCAGUAAAGAAAAAGUUGAUGUUGACUAAUCUUGUUUUAGAUACCUUAGUAUGUCAGAACGCCGCGGAACGAAAGCUCUAGAACUAUGGUGUCGGCGCGUCACCGAGGGAUAUAAGGAUGUUCGGAUCACAAACAUGAGCACCUCCUGGCGUGACGGCCUUGCAUUCUGCGCAAUAAUUCACAAUUUUCGUCCGGAUUUAAUAGAUUUUGCCGGACUUAGCAAAGAAAACAUUUAUGAUAACAAUGAAUUAGCAUUCACCAUCGCCGAGAAACAUCUUGCGAUACCCUCGUUGCUUGACCCAGCUGAUAUGGUAAAAUAUGAAGUGCCUGAUAGAUUCUCCAUACUAACAUACCUGUCACAGUACUAUCGAGUAUUCAGCAAUCAAGAGCCGACGAACAACAACAAAAAGACAGCAGAGAAAGAACCAAAAUCUGAGGAUUUCGAUCCUAAGAUGGCAAAUUCCAGCGGAUUCGUCGGUGUUCCCAAGCGCGAACCAUGUCGCAAAUGUGGCAAUCCUGUGUUCUUUGCCGAGCGAAUAAGUUUCGAACAAAAAUUGUUUCAUCGAUCCUGUUUAAAGUGUGCUCGAUGCGGAGCACAGUUGACCCUGGGAAGUUUCUACGAAACGGAAACCGAUGGAGAAUACUGCUGCGAAACGUGUCCGGACGAAGAAAUUCAGUUGACCGAAAGGCGUCGUUCGAUGCCUACAGAAGACGGGGUAACAACGGCAGUGAACGGGGGCAGUCGGGAGAAUAUACGGAUCAGCCGGAGCAGUAAAUUACUGGAACGAAUAUCUUUCUUCGAAUCGGCCCCUCUCAGUGACGAGGAGAAGACGUCAAACCGAGUACGACGCGCUCAAAUGAGUAGCUUUCUGAAGAGUUCUCUAGAUGAAGAAAACAAGUCAACUGAACCCGUUAAUUGCGAUCCCGACAAAUUAGAAAACCCUUCCGAAAGUGACGAUGAAACCGAAUCAGAAGAUGAACCACCAGCCCCUCCUGUAUCAGACCCACCUCUGGCAGAAUUGACCCCUGGUGAAAUUGUACAGAAUGAACCAGUUUUAAACAUAUCAUGUGAAGAGGUACUUAAUCGUUCUAAUGAAAAUACUGAAGCAUCGCCUAACAAUCCUGAUGAAAAUCACGUCGAAGUGAAGGAAUUUGAAGAAUCUCUUGAUACAUCUGACCAACAAGACUCUGAAAACGUUGAGAUUAAUGGUAGGGAUAUAUGUCUCGAAAUUGAAAAUAAUCAUGACAUUGACAAUAGCGCCGUGCAAAUAGAUGAAACGACAACCAACGAUGAAUCUAAGGAGCAGAUGGCUAGUGAUACAAUUUCAUUCAACAGUGUGGAUUUGAAACAAGCACAAACAGAACAGACAGAAUUAGCUGAGGCCUUGAACGAAGUAGCAGUUAAGGAAAAUAUCAAAUUAUUAGCAGUAUCGGAUGAUAAUGAGGGAGUUGAAAACGACAGUGAAAAUACGGUCAAGAUAAUCGAUGAAGUGCCUAAACUCGAAGCUAAUGUAGUCAAUGGUCAUCCUAAGGAACCGCCAAUAAUUACAACAGAGGAAGUUGAAGACAGUUCCUGUACAGAUGCACAAAAUAUGAAAUUGAAAGAAGCAUAUCCAUCGGAUUUAAAUCCGUUUGGAGAAGACUCCGACGAGGAGCAUACUCAGCCUAAUACUAAACCAGUUCCUUCUGCACGAAGAAUCAGCACAAAUCCAUUCGGCAGCGAUGACGAUGAAGAAUCUCAGCCGGUGAGUGUGAAACCACCGAGGCCACCACCCCCAAAGAUAAAAACGAAUGUGCCAGCGAAUCCGUUCGACGACGAAGUGGAUGACGAACAGGAAAGUGAAAUCGUGCCAGUUAUUGUGAAGCCAUCACCUAGAAGGACACCGGUUCCAACGCCAAGAAAGCAGCACAAUCACAAUGAUUCCAUUAGUUCCAUGGAAACGUCACUAAUGUCAAGUCAGUUUGGUGGUUCAAAUAUUUCGCUUGCUUCAUCCUUAGAUAGUGGUCCAUCAACGACCAGUCGCCGUAAGAAAUCAAAAGCACCCGAUAUACCACUCGCCAUUACAAAAUCAUCCUCUGAAAAUUUAUCGUCUAGUGCUGCAACGACGCCUCGCAAGAAACGUCCAGCUCCAGCGCCACCAACUCUAUCGUCCACUCCGAAAGAACCGGAUUCCAACUCAACCCAGCGAUUAAUUGCGUUGGAUGCUAGUUUAAUAAAUAAUGAGAACGAUCCAUCGGAAUCGAUGAACAGGGUAUCGAAUACGGAUUCGGUGGUAUACAGGCGAACUCUUAUUCCGUUUAAGGUUGACGACGAUAAUCUUUCGUUAGAAGCAAAUACAACUAGUGAACGACAGUGGGAAAAAAUGAAAGAUAAUAAAGAAGCGCAGAACCGGAAUCGACAAUCACAGACUUCGCCGAUCGGCUCCAACAUCGAUUCAUAUAAUAGCUUGAUUUCCAACAAAUCCCAACAGGGCAAAUGGAAAAGACGUAAAGGUCCGGCACCAGCGUUACCGGUACCGUUACCGGAACGGAAGGCUAUCAAAAUGCUCCCGCUGAAGGAAAUUCGGCAGGAAAUGGAGAUAAUCGAAACUCAACAGCAGGGCCUGGAGAAGCAGGGAGUCGUUCUGGAGCAAAUGAUUAGGGAGCGUUGUGAGGGUGUCGGCCCCGAAAUGGACAUCACCGGAAUACAGACUAACUCGAAGGAAGUCGAGGAUCUGAUAAUGCAACUGUUCGAGCUGGUCAAUGAGAAGAACGAACUGUUCCGACGGCAGGCAGAGCUAAUGUAUCUGCGACGACAACAUAGACUGGAACAGGAGCAAGCAGAUCUGGAGUACGAAAUUCGGCUUCUAAUGGCGCAACCAGAGCGUAAUAAAACUGACUCUGACAAAGAGAAAGAAGAAGCUUUGAUAGCGCGUUUAGUUGAGAUUGUCCAGAUGCGCAAUGAGGUGGUGGACUGUCUGGAGAUGGAUCGUCUGAGGGAAGCCGAAGAGGAUAUGAGCAUCAAGCAGAGUAUUGAAGAACGGGUUGCCAACCAGCAGAAGCAUAGCAAGAAAGACACUGAUACGGAAAAAACGGCGAGUGGCGAUUCAUCCAUGAAACUUUCGAAAAAGGAAAAGAAAAAGCUCAAAGAAGCAAAAAAGUUGGUCAAAUCGAAGAAAAUUGACUCGGAGAAGGACGCAGAUGAAACCGAACACAGCACGAAAGAUAAGAAAAAGAAGAAAAAGUUCUUUGCUGACUUUCUGCACCACAAAUCAUAGUUCGUCGUUGAUCAAAUAUAUUUUUAGAGUUGAUUAUUUAUUAGCACAGAGUUGUAAACCUAAUAAAAAAUCACCGAUUGUAGCGGAACAGCAACCUAUGUCGAUUCUCAAAGCACUGUAAUCAGCACCGGAUGUAAACAGAGUUAAAAACUCUGAACUAUUGAAAUACUUAGAGAGGACCCCUUGGGCCAAGCUUCAAUGAUUACCCCGAAAUGAAAAAAAAAAACAUUCCAGCCACUGUUGAAUUCAACUUAAUCUUUACAAUUCGCAACUAUCGUGUCCAAAAGUAUUAUAGACUAUGCAAUGAUCCAAGCGCAAAAGGCUUUCAUAAAAUAGAUGAAAUAAUUACAAACUAUCUUUUUAAUGUUAGUUUUUUUCUUUCUUUUUUAUAUACAACCAGUAUGCUUAUGGUACACAAUACUACAUUUUUAGAUUAUGCUCUUGAAAACUUAUUCUUGCGUAUAGGAAUGGUUUUAUUUGAUAAUCUAAUGAUAAAUUUAUGUCAAGUGCUUCUCCUUGGAUCAUUGACGCACUGAACGGUUGUUACAAUAUAAAUGACUUGAACUAAAACCAUUGCUAUUCAUUGCAAAACAGUUUCAACAAAUUCACUGAUGCAUGUUGAAGGUAUCUUUGGAUUCGAAAGUUGAGAAAUGGUAAAUAAGAACAAUGUAGUUAACUAACUGUAUAGUCAUUAUAUGUUCUUUCAUGAUUCUUCGAUGCUAACGUAUUAGUUAAGUUUUUUUUUGUCUUGUGAUCAUCUCAUUUGUCAUUUCAGAUAGCAUUUAUCUAGAUACAAGUUAUACGCCCAUGUAAAAAUGACGUGUCCUAGUUAUUUUGUAAGAUUUGUCAACUUUUUUUAUUGUGUACAACAUCGAAGACUUGUUUUCCUGUGCGAUAUGUGAAUAUAACAAUAAAAGAAUUAUACAAAA